CUACGGUACACCGUCAGGUGUGACAUCUAUCCUCCGCCGGCCGGCUGACCUCGCCCCUCGCCGCAUCUGGAAGAUUCAAGCCGUCCAGGGACGCUAAUUCAUGAUGAUUGACGGACAACCGGAGGGGUUCACCGAGCUGCUCAUAAGAUUGUCUGGGCCAGGGAUCGAGUUUACGCCUGAUUGGUUUCCGAGCUUUCCGAUCCAUUCUUCCGAGACAAGCGCCCGAACCUCUCCGUCCAGCUUGGGUUCUGACCUGAGCGAGCGAUCCUCUGUUCCAGAGCACGCCGGAUUCGGGGAGGACGGAGUCUGCAGCAACGAGCCAAUCCCCGAUGCCGUCGAGUCCCCCCCCCCCCCGAGUCCCCCCCCCCCCCCCCCCCCCCCCCCCCCCCCCCCUCGGAAGAAUGGUUGGGGUCAUCGCCAGAGUUGCAUAAUGAAUCACCGUUGCCGGCUGAUUCUCAUAUGCCGACCUCAACCGAGUCCCCUCCAUCAGAGCGCACCUGGAAGCAGAGGUUCCGCCGUGGAGAAAUUCCCGAUUCCAGGCCCGCGAGUUCAGGGAGGAAGAGUGCACUAGAGACAGCUAUGAGGAGAUGCAGGGACAAGCACUCGGACGUUAUAAUUGAACCAGAGUUAGGGAUGGAGUUUGAUUCGCUGCCUGAAGCAUUUGAUUUUUACAACAUUUACUCAUGGGAGAUUGGUUUUGGAAUAAGGUACGGGUCGUCAAGAAUUAACCCUGCAAAGAGCAAAGUCAGGCAGGACAUAACAUGUGGCUGUGAGGGAAAACCUAGGCACUUAAACUCACGAUCUGUUUGCUGCGGCUGCCGAGCUAUGAUUCGUCUGCAUCGAACAGAUGACUAUGGAUGGUACAUUCAUGAGUUCAGAAGGGAUCAUAAUCAUGGUUUGGCAGUGAACAGCGGCCAAAAGAUGCAAUUUUCUUCGCAUAGGUUCAUUGACCCACACACAAAGGACCUUGUUAGGAACCUCAGGGACAAUAACGUCGGCCUGACCAAGACCUUCAGCGUAAUAGGCAGCUUCUUCGGAUCAAUGGAAAAUAUCCCUUUCAACAAGCGUUCACUAAGGACGCUCUGUGCGAGUAUCAGUAGGGACCAUUCGGAGGAUGACAUCAGGAAAACAUAUGAAGUGCUGUCAGAAAUGAAGAUGAAGGACCCCAACUUCUGAGACAGCUGCUUGGUAGACUCUGAAGGGAGGAUCAGAGCACUCAUGUGGACAAACGGCAAGAGCCGUAUGCAGUACAAGAUGUUCGGUGAUGCUAUAACAUUCGACACAACAUACCGCACAAACCAG